AUGAUCGCCAACGACAUGAGCCCGCAGGUGGACGUCGACGAGAUUUUGGCGUUCACGAUCAAGCUCGCAUUGGAGGCUGGUGAAAUGAUUCGUGUUGGCCAGGCACGACGUUUUGCUUGCGAAUCAGCAGUCGAGGCCACGAAAGUGAACACGGUCGACUUAGUAACCGAGGUAGACAAGGCCGUCGAGGCUUCCAUUUUGAAGCGAAUCAGCAGUGCUUACCCUGACCACAAGUUCAUGGGAGAGGAAACAUAUGCCGGGGAGGCAAUCACGGAUGACCCAACUUGGAUUGGCAGUUGA